UGUAAUGGUCUUGUGGGAUAGGAAGAGUUCACAUUAGGCUUGUUCGACUCCAUGCCUAGAGCAAGACCGCUGAAGAACACAUAUUGAAUGAUAAAACACUCAUUGUUGUGAGAAAAAUGCAUAGCAUUGUUUACUGGAAAUGCUUAUUUCACAUUAUAUAAGUCUGUAAUGGAAACCCAGCUAUGCACCAGUGAAUCUGAAACCCAACGCUUCACAGGUCACGCUCACACAAGAACGAAUAUAAUCUUUUAUAAAAAUGUGACAUUCAUUUCUCACAUACAUUUAUUUUUAUUAAAUUGCUAGACUAACAAGCUCUGACAAACAGGUCACUUUCACUCUGUCAUUUUUAGGAAUAUUAUCGUUUUGUUUAAACACAAACAUUGUGUUAUAUUUGUGUCGUGUCUAUUCGUGGCAAUUUCCAAAUGAUAUUUUGUUACGUUGUUAUUAGGAAUAACAAAUCACCUCACACAGUCACGACAGAUGUCAGGCGUCAUUUAGAGCAGGUAUAUGCUGACUGUACGCCGUUCACGUUCUUGUUGUCUUUGCCUCUCAGUCUCUUGUUCAUCUUUGCCCCUGACGCACUCAUCAUAACAAAUCGAGCGGAGCGCCAAGUGGGGAUGAAUCCGGAGUGAAUAGCUGCAGGCAGCGCAAACCCUUUGCUGGAAUGAGUCUGGACAACUGCCAAACACCAGAGUCUUGGUGCAUAGCCUGUACAUGGAGGAAAAGCGACGUUGAUAGGUGCUCUACCGCGAUUCCGCACACAGACUGAUGGAAGAGGAGACGCUGUUUUUACCCUGAAACGCAGCAGCCUACAUGCAGAAAAGAGAGAGACGAGCGGAGAUGUUUUUCCUGCAUCUGUUCCUUAAUCCGACGCAUGUGACGCGACGCGCGCUCACUUUCAUGAUGCAUUUGACCACCCUCAUGCCUGAUCUCCUUUUAUAAAGUGAUUGUCUUUCUUUUUUAAUGUACAUUUGCGGUGCCCUGCGGUAUAUCUGAAGCCUUACCAGGAGGAUGAGAGCGUCGGUAUUUGUCGUGGUCAUGUCCUCUGUGUUUUUAAAUCCCAGUUUUGCCUUCAGUUCGCAUUUUGACCCAGGUGGCUCCCCGCUGAGCGAGCUGUCAUGGCCUUCAUCUCUGGCGGUGGUUGCCGUCUCCUUCUCGGGCCUGUUCACAUUCGUCUUCCUCAUGCUGGCCUGCCUGUGCUGCAAGAAAGGGGACAUCAGCUUCAAGGAGUUUGAGAAUACAGAGGGGGAGGAGUGCCAAACUGACCUUUCCACUUUAGCCUCACCCAAUAAUCAGAACGACCCUGAGGUUUAUAUUCUGCCCCUCACCGAGGUCUCACAUCCUGUGUCCAAACAGCCCAGCAAAGCACUUCAGCUGCUGAAGUCUGUAGAUCUCGGACGGCACAGCCUCCUCUACAUUAAAGAAAUCGGGCAUGGCUGGUUUGGGAAGGUUUUAUUGGGAGAGGUUAAUGCCGGAUUGAGCACCACACAGGUGGUGGUUAAGGAGCUGAAGUCCAGUGCCAGUGUACACGAGCAGAUGCAGUUCUUGGAAGAGGUCAAACCUUAUCGGAUGCUCCAGCAUCCAGCUCUCUUGCAGUGUAUGGCCCAGUGUUCAGAAGUCACGCCCUAUCUGCUGGUUAUGGAGCACUGCCCUAUGGGAGAUGUUAAAGGAUACCUCCGUAGCUGUCGGGCAGCAGACUCUGUGACCCCUGACCCUUUGAUCCUCCAGCGGAUGGGAUGCGAGAUUGCUUCUGGCCUUAUGUACCUCCACAAACACAAUUAUAUUCACAGUGAUCUGGCCCUCAGGAACUGUCUUUUGACCUCAGAACUGGCAGUUAAGAUUGGAGACUAUGGCCUCAGCCAUUAUAAGUACAAGGACGACUAUUACGUGACAUCAGAUCAAAUAUGGGUUCCUCUACGCUGGAUUGCACCAGAACUUAUUGACGAGGUCCAUGGCAAUCUCUUAAUAGUUGACCAAACCAAGGCCAGCAAUGUCUGGUCCCUGGGUGUGACCAUAUGGGAGUUGUUUGAACUGGGUAACCAGCCUUACAGGCACUAUUCUGAUAGGCAGGUUUUAACAUAUGCUAUAAAGGAACAGCAGCUCAAACUGCCAAAGCCCCUGCUGAAAGUGCCUAUGUCUGAACGCUGGUCUGAGGUAAUGCAGUUCUGUUGGCUGCAGCCUGAGCAGAGGCCUGUUGUUGAAGAGGUUCACCUACUGCUAAGCUACUUGUGUGCUAAGGGUACCUCUGAGACCGAGGAGGACUUUGAGAAGCGCUGGAACUCUCUAAGGCCAAGUCUGGGCUCCGGAAGCUCUCACAGAACCCCUGCACCUGAGCUAGCGUCCUCUGCUUCCUCUUCAUUUCCUCUACUUGAACACUUCUCUAUUGCAGACAGCUUCCAAUCUGAGAAUGGAGAUGACAUUUUGACUGUAACCGAGACAAGCCAAGGCCUCAACUUUGAAUAUAAAUGGGAGCAGGGCCGAGCCGAGCAGCCCUACUGCUCCUCUUCAGCAAGUGGACAACUGGGGAAAAAUAACCCGCACUACCUAGAUGUGUAUUACCCACUUAGCAAUUCAGCAGGUAGCUGCAAGGGUGAGAGUCUUCCUAUUGGGGUCUCUCCAUCUUACUAUGAGUCAGACCAUCCAGGAGUUGUUCCAGUGUUGAGUGCCCACAGCCCUUCAGUAAGUAGCGAAUAUUACAUCCGUAUUGAGGAGCCAGUUGAGUGUAACAUAAAUUUAGAAGACAGUGUUCAUGAUUACAGCCCAACAAUUGAGGCCAGCAACAACAGCUUGUCCAGUAUGAACAGAAGAAGCCCUGUUGGGGCUCAGCCAAACAUCUACUGGUCAGCAGCUAAAGAACCCAUUAGUAACGAUUACGAUUCAGAGAGUAGCCCAACAAUGGAGCCUCUCCAAAGAACUGUUCUAAGCUAUGCAGAGACAGACCAUCAUGAAGAAUAUUUUUCUUCCAAUGAAAGGCACAAUUUCUUGCAUGAGGAAUCACCUCAAGCAAGGUCAGAUCUCCAUUUGAUAAGAAGUCAAGAUUCAAGUUCUAAUCCGCAGAGAAGAGGCUCAGAAAGUCUCUGCCACAGAUUGGAGGUGGUAAGGGAGAGUCCACCUGGUGUUUCAGUUUCUCUCAGCAGCCCAAGCUUGGCACAUUGUGACCCGUACCUAGAAUCUAACCAGAGAGCUACAGAAAGGAGUUCCGCCAGUGAGGCCUAUUAUGCCAUGAUGGGACCUUUACAAAAAAAUGUGCCAAGACCCCAUUACAUAAGUGUUGAUAUUGACGCUGGUGAGGGCCUUCUUAUGUCUAGGGGGACUGCUGAAUCAGAAGAUGAUGAUUUGUUUUCUCAGAAUUCAUUAACUAACUGGACCUCCAACCACUCAGCAAACAACAACAGUUUAAGCGAUCGCACACAAGCCGUUGGUUUUAGAGAUGCGUACCUUGAUUUGCGUCACCCAACACCCUUAUCUCAUGUUGGAAAUUUGCAGUCAAGAGUAUCAGAAACAAGCAACACUUCAGCAGAUUCUUUCACAGUGCACUCAUACAUGGAAGCUACAGACAGCACGGCCACCCUUAACACUCAAACAGACUCAAAGGGUGGUGAAUACUUACAUCUAUGCCCUGAAGGUAGUCAAGAUUUUGAAACAUCUUCUAAAUCUCAUUUUGUCCCUGAAAUUCAGCACAUUCACUCUCAGCAGAACAUUUCAAACAAACAUAUCAAAGAAAAGACAUCAGACUUUCUUGUAGGAGGCUACGACCGAAAAACGCCAUCAGCUCCAACAGAGAUUGUAGUAAGCAAAGAAAAUAUGUUAUUUGAUAGAAGGAUAUCAGCUGCACAAAAUGAAGUCAGAAGUGUAAAGAACAUGUCAUGUCCUAAAGACUCAUCCGAGACCAUCUCAGAGUGCAGCCAUGUGGCACACAGUGGGGUGGUUCCCAAGUCCAGUAUCAGCUUGGUUGAAAUGAAUGACUGCAGUGAUGAUGUGACUGACAUCACCUCUGGAGAUUAUCGUUUGGAAUAUGCAGAGGUGGGACAUUUUGACCGUCAGAGAGAGACAGAGUCCACACACCACAAGGACACUAUUAACCUUGCCUCUUGUGGCAGUCUGUGUGAAGCCUUUAGCCCUGAUAGUUACCACACAUCUAUUCAGCCAAAAUCCCUUGACAGUGGCUAUGACACAGAGAACAAUGAGUCCCCGGAGUUCAUCAUGAAGGACCUUGAAGGGAAUCCGGCCCUUAGCACAAGUGUGGAAUCAGACGUGUGUGACAUGGUCCACCAGAUGGACUUAGAUGAAGAUGUCAAUUUAAUGCUACUGCAUCCAUCCGGAAACAUCCAACAUCAAUACAGAGACUCUGCUUAUUUUUCUGACUAUGACACAGAGAAUGAUAAGAGCCCCAGUGAAAGGGUCUUUAACUUCUUUAUCCGCCAAGAAGAGGACAAUGUUUUUGAUGUCAAAGCUAAAAGAAAAGGCUCUGUACAAACAGUUGGGCUCCAGUUGGGCUCCACUUCUACAUCAGCUCCAGUGAUUUCCAUGCUUUCCCCCUUUCCCCCAGAGAUGGGGGGAUGCUUGACCAAGGAGUCCACUCCAGAUGAUGGUAUUGGACUCGAGUCUGAUCACUCUGGAGACGAACCGAACUCUGAGUGCUACUCUUCCACAGUAUCAGAAGGGUCCACCUCAACACAGGAAGCUUCAGGCAUUGAGGGCCAAGCUAACGGAGAUGCCAGAUGUUAUUCAUCAGCGGAAUCACUGGGCUCUGACUCUACCAUAGUGGAGUUCGGUAGGGAGAUAUUUGAAGCACAGGAGCAGGACGACUGUAGCAAUCCAGAGCUUCUUAAAGAAGGUAACAAUGAAAAAAGAGAAGGUACAGAAGAUGCAAUGGAAGACAACAUAGGUCGGGCACUUUCAAGACAAAAACAUGCCAACUCCUUGGAAAGCAUUCUUCCUGCCUUACCGGAUGACCUUGAUGUUCCAGCUCCACUUGGGAACGGAGAGGAGGCUGAUGAGGAUACAGACAGUGACGAGUCUGAUGAAGAACUUCGUAGCUACAACAUACAGGAGCAGAGUGAUGAGAGUGAUGAAGAGCUCCCAAUGGUGCCUGUCAUCGUGAGUGACCGCAGCUGUGCACGGCAUCUGCGCAGCCUUCUCAAAAUGCCUUCCAUAAUGACGCAGUCCUACUGCGAUGAGCUGGACGGCAAGAAGAAAGCUGUGUCAUUUUUUGAUGACGUCACAGUCUUUCUGUUUGACCAGGAGAGUCCUACAGGUGAGCUUGGAGACUACAGUUUUCCUGUGGAGACAGAACCUAAUGGCCAGGCUUCAGAGGUUGACGCAUCAAAACCCCAGGAUAGGGUCACAACCUCAGAUGAUUCGUUGCAAAUUACUUUGUCAGAAGAAAGUGGAGAAUUGUGGCAGGGAGAUUUUCCAUCGACGCCAAGCCCUUCAACGUCAGAAGCAAGUUCUGAAGAAAUUACCACCCCUCCCAACUCUCCCAUCAGCUCUCCAGAUGAGAAACCAGCACCACCGCUCUCCAGAUUCAGCAUCUCUCGUUUCUCCAUCACUCAUGUGUCCGACUCUGACGUGAACUUUAAAGGAGGGAACAAUGAGAAUGGAGCCCAGGAAUGAAGGAGUCACAUUUUAACCCUUUGAAACUGUUCAGAAGGUGUGAUUGGGUCUGAUCCGACUAUGGAUUCUCCUGUGCCGUUUUGUUUUUUCUUUCUCAACGUGCUGGACGAAAAGGUCCUGUGAACAUGACAUGCUGUUCGGACAGAGUGCCUGAUACUGUAGUGAUGAAUUGAUAUUAGCCAGACCCUUUGAGUGACACGGUCUUUUGAGGACAACAUGUAGACGAACAGAAGAUAAAAUCUGUGUAUCAGAAUAUAUAUUUAUUAUCUAUGUACUACAAACAUGUUGUAUGAAGAUUAUAACUUAUUUGCACAAUUCAGUAUCAGUACCAUGCUGAAAUCAUCCUUUUACACUCUAGCCGUAGGAAACAAAAUAGAGACGAGGCUGCUCUUCUCAUUUGCUUGUCAUGUCCCGUGUUGUCAAUCUGUGGUUUAGAUCCCCAAAGACAAAGUUUCAGGUCAGGACCGAAUAAGCUGCGUAAACGUCUAUUGUCAAUGUCCAACAGAAAAUAAAAGACCCCUAGCUACAGUAUGUAAAAACCAUGGAGGGUUAAGGGUUAGGAAUGUUUUAUAUUUUUGAACACUUUAAGCUAAAAUGUUUUAGCUCAGGGGUGAUUAGCAUACAGUACAAAAGUAGAUGAUGUUAAGUUUUGCUUUUAUCCGUCAAGUUUAUCGCCAUAAGCAAUUUAAUGCAUUUGUAUUGUUUGAACCAAGAAAUAUUUUGUACAUCUCUUGUUAAAAACAAUUAUUUUGAUAGAGUUGUUCAUAAUAUUACGUAAAGUGCAGUUAACAUGCUAGUUCUUCUCUAGCUAGAGCUUUGUUUAUAUUUUUUAAAUAUAAACCGUCUUUCCCACAAAACAUUACAGACUAAAGUUAUACAUCACAGUACUUGUUUGCUCCAAAGAGUAAUGACAGUAUUAAAGUAGACUAGACACUGGCAACCCGCCACAGUCCUUAACUAGCGAAAAGCCAGACAAAACGUAACGGUGCUUGUGGAGAUCGGAGAGCCGGAGACCACAGAAAACAAUUCUGCUUUUUAACUGUUGUACUCCAGAGCAUUAAGCAAAACCUCAAGUUAAAACAAGGUUAAGAUAUCUGUGACUAAAAUCUCUUACAGACGGCAGCUCCUGCAGAUCUGAUCCUUACAGACUAGAAAAUCUUGAUCUGCAUUAAUUUCAAAACCCGAUCCAGAUAGAUGUUUCAAAUGACUAGAGUAACUUCGGUCCAAAUGGCAUGGUGACCCCACCUGUUUCCACACUUCACAAUGUUUUCCCCGCAUACGAUCUGAUGUGUCCCACAAGAGUUUUGACCCGUUUUACACGGUAAACUGUUUAAGUGUAAAGUACAGCUGUCCUCCUCUGCCUUGAAUCACUUCAUACACAUUUGUGCCAAUGCUGUAAGCGUCACAAUCACUGCACCGUACACUCGCUUUCUCGCUGUAAUGCCUUUCAAGAGUUUUAUACUGUCUUAACUUUUGCGCCAGUAGGUACUUUUCACAUUCAGAAUAUCUGUGUUUCAUUGAAGGGUUAUAAGGUUGCCAAAGUAAGGUGAAAUAUAAAUGUGAAAGAUACUUGAAUGUAAAGUUUAGGGAGAGGACUGUUGUUACUGCCUCAUAGCUGUCGAACCGUAUUUCCUUGCAAUUCAUGCCUACUGUAUUCUAAAAAAUAAAACAAACUAUAGUU